AUGUUUAAUGAUUUCUUUCAAAUUCAAUUCAAAAACAAUUUUAUCAUUUUUCUCAUUUCUUUCUAUCUAUCUAUCUUUCUUUAUCUUUCUAUCUAUCUAUCUAUCUAUCUAUCUCAACCUCUUCCAUCUAUCUAUCUAUCUAUCUAUCUUUAUCUAUCUCAACCUCUUCAGCAUCUAUUUCUAUCUAUCUAUCUAUCUUUAUCUAUCUAUCUAUCUUUCUUUCAACCUCUUCAGCUCUAUCUUUCUUUCUAUCUAUCUAUCCGUCUCAACCUCUUUUUCAUCUAUCUAUCUAUCUAUCUAUCUAUCUUUCUUUCUUCUAUCUAUCUUUCUUUCUUUGCAUCUAUCUAUCUAUCUAUCUAUCCUUUAAUCCUUUACUUUAUGUAUUCUUAUCCUUCUUUCUUUCUUUCUUGUCAUCUAUCUAUCUAUCUAUCUAUCUAUCUAUCUAUCUAUCUUCUUCAUCUAUCUAAACCUCUUCAGCAUCUAUCUAUCUAUCUAUCUAUCUAUCUAUCUAUCUAUCUAUCUAAUCCUUUCUAUUUAUCUAUCUUAUCUAUCUAUCUAUCUAUCUAUCAAUCAAUCUAUCUAUCUAAUAUCUCUAAUUCUCUUUAA